CUCUUGUCUUCUCUCCUUUGCACCUUUUGCUGUGAAAAACCCUAACAAGAAGAAGAAUUCACGGCGGCAGCAAGCAAUCAAUCAUGGCGAAAGUUUUAUCUCAAAAGGAAGAAGAUAUACAGAUGCUCGUAGCUGCAGAUGCACAUCUCGGUACCAAAAAUGUUAAUUUUCAGAUGGAAAGAUAUGUCUUCAAGAGAAGAGCUGAUGGUAUUUACAUUAUCAACCUUGGAAAGACAUGGGAGAAGCUUAUGAUGGCUGCUAGAGUUAUUGUUGCUAUUGAGAACCCACAAGACAUUAUUGUUCAAUCUGCAAGGCCAUAUGGACAGAGGGCUGUGUUGAAAUUCGCUCACUACAUUGGUGCUCAGCCAUUAGCAGGAAGACACACCCCUGGUACAUUUACCAAUCAGAUGCAGAAAUCCUUCACCGAGCCACGUCUUCUUAUCCUUACUGACCCAAGGACUGAUCAUCAGCCCAUCAAGGAGGCUGCUCUUGGUAAUAUCCCCACAAUUGCCUUCUGUGACACGGACUCACCAAUGCCAUAUGUUGACAUCGGUAUCCCUGCUAACAACAAGGGAAAGAACAGCAUUGGGUGUCUUUUCUGGAUGUUGGCAAGGAUGGUUCUGCAGAUGCGUGGCACCAUUCUCCCUGGACACAAGUGGGAUGUUAUGGUGGAUCUAUUUUUCUACAGGGAGCCUGAGGAAACCAAGGAUCAGGAAGCUGAUGAGAGUGGUGCUCCAGUGGCCGAAUAUGGUGUUACUGAAUAUGGUGGUGGUAUGAUCGCUAAUGAUAAUUGGGGUGCCGAUGGCCAAUGGGCCGGUGAUGCUGUUGCUGCUCCAGCCCUUGCUGGUGGUGCAGAGUGGGCUACAGAUGCAGGAGUUCCCGUGGAAGGAGGAGAGGUAGCUUGGGAGACAGCAGCUGCACCAGUUGAACCUGCCGUCAUGCCUGCACCUGGUGGCUGGGAAUUGUAGAUCUUAUAUUUUUGCCGCCUCUUUUCUCAUUUAGUCAUGGGGCUAUAUCAAACCCUUUUAUUUUCUUUUGAGAUAGUUUUGUUUUAAUUAGUAUGUAGUUAAAAGAUGUUUGGGGUUUUUCUUAGCUCGAUACUGCACACCUCUUAUUUAUUCUCAUAGCAGAAUGAAUCUUUUCACACUAAUGGAUUGUAGUUAAUGAACCAUUAGGAGGAUUAUUCGAGUUGAAGCCUUUUGUCAUUUUA